AAUACUGAACUGCUCAUGCUUGUUGAGAGCCUAUUCCGCACAUUUCUGUUUUCACCGUUUCACGAUAGUAAUCACCAGAGUUUCAGAUGUUUCCGUAUUGUGAACUUUGAGAUCUUUUUCAUAGCAAAGAGGCUUAUCGGUUCCAACAUUCCUAAAAGGUUUAUAAGACAGCCAUGUUUCAUUAACUUUCGUAAUUUUCUAUUGUUGUUUUAUCUCAGGGCGGAUGAGGAACCUGUUGAUCCAAAGAAGUAUCUCGAGGACCGUUGCAAGCCACAAUGUGUAAAACCAUUUUAUGCUUAUGAGAAAUGUGUCAAGAGAGUCGAGGCUGACGAUACUGGGCACAAGCACUGCACUGGGCAAUAUUUUGACUAUUUGUCAUGCGUCGACAAGUGUGUAGCCUCAAAGCUCUUUGAAAAGCUCAAAUGAUGACUGGAUGCUACUUUCAGUGAGUGACCUGAUCAUUGGCCAUAACCUUGUCCAUUGAAAAGUUGAUGAGCCUGGAAACUGUCCUGUAAUCGUGUUUCUAUUUCCUGAACUUGUAAUAAGAGCCACUCUUUUGCAACCGUCGAUUUAUGUGGGCUAAGCACUGAUGAUGUCGAUAAUAACUUGAUGUCUAUUGAUUUACCUUUCUUGCACAAA